CUGCGUUUAGCUGGUUCUUUGGCUCUAGCGAGACACCAUAGUUCCAAGCACUGUAUGUUUUCCUUUUUAAUUAGCUGCUAGCUUGUUAAGUGAUUCCAAGUAGCUUCAUAAUCUUUGACUGGACUUAUUUUUAGCUAGCGAUUAAAGAGUCGUUGGAGGGUAUUCACUCUAUUCCUGCACAUAGAAAGGGUGUAAAUCCACAGACCAGACCAGGGGCUGUCUAGCUAGGUCAGGAUUAGCCGCUCCUCGAGACUGCUGGCUGAUCAGUUCUUGAAAGGGAUCUCUUCUACUACAGACGUUGGGCGGCAUUAGCAAGUUAGCUCGCUAACUAGAAAACGCACUGCACAGAACCUAUAGUUUUUCACAACAUGUCAUAUCGGAGGACAAUUAAAAUAGUGUGUGGGUUCGCUGGCGGAUCAGCGGUGCUGGUUGUUGCGGCUGCUGCAGCUGAAUACCAGGGCUGUUUCGGCCACACGCGAGCCGCUCGGUGGAGCCUGUUCAAUGUUUUGCAAGCUGCACAGCCAGCGGGGAACCGCACUGUUGAAUCUACCGGAAAUGCCUGGGACUUCAACUGGGAUAAGCGGGACCCGUCCGCACUGUUGACAAAUGGGAAGAAGAAGGAGGUCGUCAGUGAAGACCCCAGCUCAGAGCAGGACAAUGGGAAACCCAAAGCCACACGCAACAUCCUCCUCAUCAGACACUCCCAGUACAACUUGGGUGGCAAUGGAGACCAUGAGAGAAUCCUCACCCCUUUAGGUCGGGAGCAGGCUGAGUUUACUGGCCAGCGGUUGGCUGCCCUUGGGUUAAAGUAUGACAUCAUGGUCCACUCCACUAUGGCCAGGGCCACCGAGACUGCCAACAUCAUCAGCAAAUACCUCCCAGGGGUGGAGCUGGUGAGCUGUGAUUUGCUAAGAGAAGGAGCACCCAUUCAACCUGUGCCUCCUGUCACCCACUGGAAGCCUGACGCUGUGCAGUACCACGAGGACGGGGCCCGGAUCGAGGCUGCCUUCCGCCGCUACAUCCACCGCGCUGACCCCAAGCAGGAGGAGGACAGCUACGAGAUCAUCGUCUGUCAUGCCAAUGUCAUCCGCUAUUUUGUGUGCAGGGCCCUGCAGUUUCCUCCAGAGGGCUGGCUGAGGAUUGGGCUGAACAACGGCAGCAUCACCUGGCUCACCGUGCGCCCCAGCGGCAGGGUGGCACUGAGGACACUGGGAGACUCCGGGUUCAUGCCCCCGGACAAACUCACACGGACCUGACCACGUUCCACCUACAGUAUUCACUCGUUCUCUUUCUGAGAGGUUCAGAUGUCUGUCGCAGGGUGAACUGAAUGGCUCUUGAUUUCUGCUUAAGUGUCUUGAAAGUUAUUUUUGGUGUUAAUUUUGUAACUUCAAUGUGCAAUGAGAUAUUCUGUGGUGUUUUGUUGUGAUCAACUCCCCUGCCAUCGUUUGCCAACUAGGGGAAAGUGGGGUUAGUUGAGCCACCUCUUGUUUCUAGGAAACCAUGCACAAAACUAAUAAUGUGACCAAAUAUUUAGGAAGAGGCAAUCAUUUCAUGGAGUCUGGGAAGGAAGAAACCAUAUGGUAAGCAAGUUAGGGCCCAAAAACUGAUUUUCACAAAGUUAAAUGAAUUUGUUAUAAGUUCCAUGAUAAUUUAGCAGGUGCUUAUAUUUGUCCUAUUUCAUACAUCUACAAAUGUAUAUUAAUACACGUGAUUUGGAAAUGUGUCUUUUUUUUGUACAUUACACCUCCCCCUGAGACACACUCAAAGAGUGGGGUCACAGCCAGGGUCUGCCAUGAUCAACGAGGACCGUGGAGCAAUUAGGGUUAAGUGCCUUGCUCAAGGGAACAUCAAUAGAUUUUUUUUUUUACGUUGUCGACUCUGGUAUUUGAUUUCAGUCACUGGCCCAACGCUCUAACUGCUAGGCCAAUCUGAUGCUUGUAUCUAAACCUAUAUGUAGAUAGUUUUACGAUUGUUUUGUACAGCAGUUGGGGUCUUUACAAGCUACAAUAUGAGGUCCUAAACUUAGCAUGAAAGUGCAUCCUUGUAACUGUUUGGGCUAAUAUAGUCAAAAUGUUUGCCUUGAGGUAACUUGAGCCAAUACCACCAUGACAAAUUAUGAUUGCAUUUUGUCCAUUUUAUACAUAAUAUGCAUAGUAUUUUUGCAAUGUGUCAUGCAUAUGAACUCAAGAUAGUGAAUUUGUAUUGAUAAGGAGCAGACAUUAUCAUGCCUGUGUAUUGAAUUGUAAAACAAGAAGGGAUCAAGCCACCCCUUGAGGUUCUUAACAGAGCAGUCAAGGAAGUGAGAGAAGGAGCAGCAGCAAGGAAUGAAAACAUACACUGAAGAGGUACAGUAACAAACAUGUACCUGUGUGAAAGCGAGUCUGUGGCAGAGUAGCAGAGGAACACAAGGUCUCAUCUGAUGACUUGGAGUCUGAGCUGUAUAAAGAGAGGAUGUGACAGAGUAGCAGAGGAACACAGGGUCUCAUCUGAUGACUUGGAGUCUGAGCUGUAUAAAGAGAGGAUGUGGCAGAGUAGCAGAGGAACACAAGGUCUCAUCUGAUGACUUGGAGUCUGAGCUGUAUAAAGAGAGGAUGUGACAGAGUAGCAGAGGAACACAAGGUCUCAUCUGAUGACUUGGAGUCUGAGCUGUAUAAAGAGAGGAUGUGACAGAGUAGCAGAGGAACACAAGGUCUCAUCUGAUGACUUGGAGUCUGAGCUGUAUAAAGAGAGGAUGUGACAGAGUAGCAGAGGAACACAAGGUCUCAUCUGAUGACUUGGAGUCUGAGCUGUAUAAAGAGAGGAUGUGACAGAGUAGCAGAGGAACACAAGGUCUCAUCUGAUGACUUGGAGUCUGAGCUGUAUAAAGAGAGGAUGUGACAGAGUAGCAGAGGAACACAAGGUCUCAUCUGAUGACAUGGAGUCUGAGCUGUAUAAAGAGAGGAUGUGACAGAGUAGCAGAGGAACACAAGGUCUCAUCUGAUGACUUGGGAGUCUGAGGAUGAUAAACAAAUCAAGAAUCUCACGGGCCAGUUUCAUGGGCUUAGUAGCCUCAAAUACAGAGAACUUGCCAAUGAAUUGGCAGAUUGAAACAUCCCUGUCCCAGAUAACUGGUCAAGAGAUGGAAGGGUAAGUGAUAUUGAACAGCAAGAUCUUUAUCUGAAAGUAGGCAUACAUUUAAGACAUUCAAUAUACCACAACCCUCCUUCCAUUAAUUCAACUUUUACCUACCAGCACCACCACCCACUUACCCCAAGGCGGCUCAAUUUACCCCAUACCUGGGUUAGGUUGUGCCAAGAGUCCACUUUUUCUGGACAAGCUGUGUUUUCAAAAAUGUUAUGUUUAUUUCCAGGAAUACACAACAUCAUGAAAUAUAUGUAGACAUCAUUGUUAGAAAGAAUACUAUAUUUCCCUUGACAUAGUGAUGCUGAAUGUAAAAGUUGCUCAACAUACACCACUCUCCCCUACAGAGUGAAAGGGGAGUAUACAGAGUAUGUGGUGCCCUUUCUGUCUUGAUUGUGUAUAGUAUACAGAGUAUGUGGUGCCCUUUCUGUCUUGAUUGUGUAUUAAACUGAAGGGGAUUUUGUAUUGA